AUGGAUAUAGGAGGCGGAGUUAGUUCAUUCGGGCCAAUAAGAACACAAAGCGCUGGACUGCAGUUAAGCGCGCGGGGCAGACAAAUGGUGGACGCGGUUCUGUUCGAGUUUCUACACACCGAGAUGGUGGCGGAGUUGUGGGCGCACGAACGCGACCCCGAUCCUGGCCCCGGGGAAAAGAAGAUGAACCUGCUGGUGCUGGAGGGCAUGGGCUUCCGCGUGGGCCAAGCCCUGGGCGAGAGGCUGCCCCGGGAGACGCUGGCCCUCAGGGAGGAGCUGGAUGUCCUGAAGUUCCUGUGCAAAGACCUGUGGGUGGCCGUGUUCCAAAAGCAGAUGGACAGCCUCCGCACCAAUCACCAGGGAACCUACGUCCUACAGGACAACAGCUUCCCUCUGCUGGUCCGCAUGGCCUCGGGCCUGCAGUACGUGGAGGAGGCCCCCAAGUUCUUGGCCUUCACCUGCGGCCUCCUACGCGGCACCCUCAGCACCCUGGGCAUCAAGAGCCUGGUCACCGCCUCCGUGGCAGCCUUGCCAGCCUGCAGGUUCCAGGUGGCCAUCCAGAGGUCCUGAGGAGCCCCGGGCCCCAGCGUGGCGGAGGCCCCCCCAGGGCUGCUGGGGAAGCCCAGGCUAUGGGGAUAACAGCAGGGCAGGAGGUCCUGCCACUUGAGGGUAUCACAUGUGCCCAACAAAUGGA